AUGGCGGAGGGGUACGUUGUCGGAGGAGCGGAGGAAACGGGUGGGAGAUCGGCGGAUGUCGAGAACGACGAAGGGGAGGGGAAGGGUGCGACAGCGAAUAUCGGCGAGGUCGGCGUGGAGGCGGCUCACGGAGGUGGUGGCAUGGUCGAGGUCGGUGAAGGGGAUAACGCCGCGGUCCCGGAGCAGAGGGGCGUGGAUGUGCAUACCGAUGCCAGCGCGGAGAAGGCCGGCGGGGAGCGGUCUAGGAGGAAGAAGGCGGCGAGCGGUCAUCCCGGUUCCACCGCGGCUGGGCGGCAGGCGCGGCUGGACGUCGUCGAUCAGCUGAGGGCGGAGAACAGGCGAUUGCGUGCAGACAAUGCACUCCUUGAACGGCGGCUCGGCGGUGACGGAGACCACGCAGCAGUCCUUCCUCGCCUCCGGACUGAAGAUAAUGGCCGAGGUCGUCGGCACGGUGGCGUAUGCUCGGCGUGGGUCGUCGCCGUCGGCAAACGACGCCGGCCAAGCGCAACCUACGGAGGGCUUGAAGCUGGGUCACAAGAGGCGGGGAGGCGGCGGGGGGGGCGACGGGGACAAUUCGGCGAACACGAAGCGGAGCAAGAGAGGCGGGGGGGUCUGGCGGCGGGGGGGGGGGACGGAGACGAUUCGGCGGGCGCGAGGCGGACCAAGGGAGCGGCUGGUUCUCGCGUCGCCGGCGAUGGGAGCAUGGGAGCCGGCGACGGCAGUUCGUUGAAGCAGUCGGGGAAGAGCGUGGUCGACAUCCUCAUGAAGCACUGGGCUCAGGUUGGAGCGGCCAGCACGGGCCAUGGUGGUGGGGGUCCCGCCGACGAGCAUGCCACUGAUGACGCACUGCCAAUGGCUCCGCCUUCGGUCGGCGUUAAGCCACCACGACAGGGUAGCGGUGUGAAAGGCCUGCGCGACAAGGGGAAGGCCGCCGCCAAAACGGCCCCAGGCGGGUCCGCGAAAGCUGGCCAGGGCCCGAAGACAGGGUUGCGGAGGCGUCAGCGGUUCCUCACCAGUCUCCCGCGGGUGCACGCCAUCCGACCGGACCGUCUGCCGGGCGACCUACCGACGUCCCGCGCCAUGCCGACGUACCGUCUGCCGACAAGGGCUGUUCAACAGGCCCCCCCUGCUGUCGACGUCCCAUCGGCCAGUGGGCCACGUGUAGUGCCGGUCGUCGCCGCCCGUACUCCUGCAGACCCAAAGUCCGCGUUGUUGCGCGCCCAGCUGGGCGCACUAGCGUCGACUGAGAGGACUCAGCAGGCUUCUGGCUCUGGCUCUAAGCCGUCGUCGGCGAAUGUCGCACCACCCACCCAUGUGGCAGCUGAUGUGGAGAAGGCGGCGGAGAAGGGCGUUCGUGCCGCGCUUGCCACCGGCGGCGGCGCCGUUGAGGAGGUCCCCGCAGACGCUGAUAUCGCUGCCAUACAGGCCCAUCUGGAUGCAGCCAAUCCCCGAACCCUGGCCAUCUCCGACACGGAACAUGUGGAGCCUUCGGCGGGACUCGUCGGCAUCGCGGCAGAGCCUAGUGCGACCGGUGAUGCGGUCGGUGAAGGAAAGUCGGAACGGAAGUGGAAGGCGGGCUCACAGAGGAAGACGCGGGAGAAGUCGGAGGUGAAGGCGGCGGAUAAACAGAAGGGGAUGGCGGCGGAGACGGCGGCGGACAAAGAUCGAGGCGGCAUUGGGGAGGUUGAAGGGAAAGGGGAGAAUCAGGAGAAGUCGCCCGGCGAGGGUACGUCGACGGGGAGGAAGGGGAAGGACAAGUCGGUCGGAGAAGGUGCGCCGACCGGGAGAAAGAGGAAGGAGAAGGCGGUCGGCGAGGGUUCCUCGAAGGGGAGAAAGGGAAAGAGGAAGGCGGAGGAGGAGGAUGAGGAUGUCGAGGAGGUGGAGGAGGUCGAGCAGGAGGAAGAGGAGGAGGAGGAGGAGGAGGAGGAGGAGGAGGAGGAGGAGGAGGAGGAGGAGGAGGAGGAGGAGGAGGAGGGGAAGGGCAAGGAGAGGAGGGGUCAUGGCAUCCGACACGAUACCUCGGGCGACAAGCAAGGGUGGGUCGGCGAGAUUAAGGUGCACGGCAUCAAUCGAUACAUCGGCAAGUCGCGGGACAAGAUGGGGCUCGCGUACGUUCACUCCAUCGCGUACGUCGUCUACGACGGUUUUGUGAGCAAGGUGCUCAUGACCGAGCUCACCGGCUUGGACAGCGCCGAAUUGGAGAGGUGGAAGGAGGUGUGGGAGGAGGUCAGGAUCUUGCCGACAGGGAUGUGGACGGUGAUGUGGGCCCGGGGUACGCUCCUUCCAAAGACACGGCUGACAGAGAUCCUCGACGCGUAUCGCCAUUACAAGUCCACAGGCGAUUGUCUCCACGCCGCGCUCCUGCCAGCGAUAUGGUACCCAGUCGAUGCUAGCACCGAGGAAGGCCGGGAGAAGUCGGCGUUCAUGAUGUCGGCGAUGAUAGGUCGCGUGUCAAUGUGCGCUGCAUAUGGGAAGACCGUUGCGGCAACGGCGAAGAAGGAGGGAGACAAGGAGGAGAAGAUGGAUAUGGCGGCAUGGGCGUUAGCAGCAUCCGCAUGCGCUGUGUGGUGCUUCGUCGAGAACGGCGAUGCCCAGCUGGCGGAUGCUGUGGAAGAAGGGAAGUCGGCGGCGAUCAUCGGCGGAGCGAGCCAGGCGACCGCCGAUGUAUUCGGAAAAGUCAUGGAAGCGGUGCUGAAAGCCGAGAUGAACAGGGACCGCCCCCUGGGAGAGGUUGCCUACAACGUCGCGCCAGCACUCCAGAGGACCGCCCUUGAUAGGGUCUAUCCAGGGGGGAAUGCUGGAGUAGAUGCCGACGUUAUCGCUAGAGCGACGGUUGAGACGAUGGCGUUUUGGGGAAUGUGCCCCGUCGCCGGGCCGAAACUAAGAGCGAGGGACAUCGCGGUGCCGAUUGACGCGCAGAUGAAGGCCGAUCUUGACAACAGGGGGAGGAAGGGUCUGAGGGGCAAGAAGGGGACGAAGACCAAGGGCGGCACGGAGAAGGGCAAGAUGUCGAAGAAGGACAGCACGACGGCCUAG